AUGGAGCGUGGGGACAGCGCUGGCCAUGCUGCCCCGGCCGACAGGAGAGCUGCAGUUUGCUUCCCAGCUCCAUCCAGGACUUUCUGGAUCACCUUGGCCAUUGCCUUGUUUUUUGCAGUUGUUGGCAUCAGCAUCGUGGGUUUCAGCUUCUCCCCCAGCUCUGCACAGGCUGGCUCCCAGCUCCUCCGCCUGACGCUCCAGGGCCAGCAAGACCCACUGAGGAAUCAGACAGCCUUGGUGGACAAGUCCAGGAGUACUGUCACCUACUAUGUCACCUCACAGAGUAACCUCAGUGCUGUGGUGCUCUAUGACAGCAGGAACGGCUACGUGUGCUACAAGCCAGUGGAGCAGCACACCUGCUACCUGAGGAGGAUGGACACCUGGGACCUCCAGACCCUGCAGAUGGCUCUCAACACGUCUGAGCACAGAGCUGAGCAACUGCUCCAUCGUAACAACCAGACCAAGUACUACAGGGAGUUCCUAGGCAUCCUGACAGGGGAACAGGUGGACCCCAAGAGCCUGGGGGAGGCUGUCCAGGCCCUGUGUGAGCAGACAUCCAUUUUCUGGGUGCGCAGAGAGCAGGGUCCAGGGAGGCAGCGCCUGAUCUAUCUGUGCAUUGACAUCUGCUUUCCAAGCAACAUCUGUGUCUCUAUCUGCUUCUAUUACCUACCUGAGUAA